CAGUACUAUGGUUUGGUGGUAUUCCUCUUCACUUGGAAGUGAGAGGUUUUAGGUUCGAAUCUUAUGGAUGACGAAUUCGAUAUCAAAUUAGACUGCCUAUUGUGUGACUUAGUUGAACUUCUCAUUCCCUAAAAAUAUCGAUGUACUAAAAAAAAAAAAAGAUUAUGUUAUUUUCAAUUGCUCUAAGCAAGGGAAAAGGGUAGGUUGCAUAAUCACCCCAAUACCAAACAUUCAUGUGUAAUUUAACUCGCUUAAUCUUUUAAUACAUUAGAAAAAUAUAAGAUUCAUGUGUAGUUCCUCUCGCUUAUCUUAAUCAUAUAACAACCAAUGCAGUCCUACAAAAUAGAAAACAAAAGGAAAAAAACACCAUAAAGGAAACAUAAUCUGUCACUCAUUUUUGCCUCUAUUAUCAUUAUUAUUGCUUUUUUUUUAAAAAAAAAGUUUAAAGUGGUCAGACUGACUGACCCAUCACUGCAUUCUUGCUUCUCACACGUUCUCUGAUUCUGUGGGGAAAUUCAAGCCUUUCUUCUUCUUCUUCUUCUCCUCUCUUUCUCUCUCCAAAAAACAGAAAUGGACGAACAUUCUUUGUCAACUGUUGCAUUUGACAGAGCAGUACAACAGGCAGUUGUCUCUAUGAAGAGGGGUGCUUAUCUGCUGAAAUAUGGACGAAGAGGGAAGCCCAAGUUCUGCCCUUUCCGGCUUUCCACGGAUGAGAAGUUUUUGAUAUGGUGUUCCAGAAAGAAGGAAAGGCAAUUGAAAUUGAGCUCAGUCACAAAAAUUAUACCCGGGCAGUGGACAGUUAGUUUACAGGGGAAACUGGAACCAGAAAGGAAGGGUCAAUCAUUUUCAAUUGUCUAUGCACACAGUGAAUGUUCACUUGAUCUGAUGUGCAAAGAUGAAAUCCAAUGUGAUCUUUGGAUUUUAGGGUUGAGGGCUUUAAUAUCCCUGCAUCGCCAUCCUAGACCACUUAAUAAUUUGGGGAGUUUCAGACAGGUGCAAAGUUGUCUAAAUAGUCCGGCAGGUCUUUUUAGGAGAAGGCAAACUCUUGGAAUAGUGGAUGAUGGCAACGAGUUCUCCCAGGUGAGAAGCGUAUGCAGGAGUCCUACUUUAACACCUUCUGAGAGGUGUAUUUCUGAUGGCAUAUCUUUUUCUUCUGAUAGCUUUUUUUCGUCGGAAUCAGUCCUAUCAAAUAUGCAAAAUGUAAUGGACAUCUCAGUUCCAGAUUCUCCAUAUAUUGGAUCAGAUUAUCUCAAGAGGAAGCGAAUAUAUUCUGAUGCCGACUGUGAACCUCCCAGGUUUGUUUCCUAUGCCUAUGGAACCUCAAGAAUUGAAAAGGACAAUAUUUUGAAAGAUGUCAUGAUCUGGGGUGAAAGUAUUGGAGGGAAUGUAAGUGGAUUGCAAGCAGAUUCUUUACUGCCUAAGUUAUUAGAAACAACUAUGACGAUGGAUGUACAGAAUAUAUCUUUAGGAGGGAAGCAUGCUGCAGUAGUUACGAAGCAGGGGGAAGUGUUCUGCUGGGGUCACGCUAAUGGGGGAAGACUAGGGCACAAAAUCAAUAUGGAUGUGAGCAACCCUAAACCUGUUGACUCCCUUAAUGGGAUCCAGGUGAAAUCUGUUUCGUGUGGUGAAUAUCAAACAUGCGCUCUGACACAUUGUGGUGAGCUCUAUACAUGGGGAGACACAAGUUGCGGUGCCAGUUUAGAGGCCGAGGAGAAGAGUUUCAGUCAGUGGUUACCGCAUAAACUUUCUGUUCCGUUGAAUAAAAUAAAUGUAUCAUAUGUCGCUUGUGGGGAAUGGCAUACAGCUAUGGUGUCCACUUCUGGGAAUUUAUUUACAUAUGGAGACGGAACCUUUGGGGUACUGGGGCAUGGAAAUCUUGAUAGUGUUUAUCAACCAAAGCAAGUAGAAUCUCUCAAGGGUUUAUGGGUAAAAUCUGCUUCGUGUGGUUCAUGGCACAUGGCUGCUGUAGUUGAAAUCAUGGUUGAUUGUCUCAGGUCCAAUUCAAUUGGUGGGAAGUUGUUUACAUGGGGUGAUGGGGAUAAAGGGAGGCUAGGACAUGUGGAUCAUGAGAAGAAGCUUUUACCAACUUGCGUUGGGCAGCUUGUGGAUCAUGAUUUUGUUCAAGUUUGUUGUGGAAGAAUGUUGACUGUUGGGCUUACCAAUAAAGGUGCAGUUUAUACAAUUGGAAGUUCAGUACAUGGGCAGUUAGGGAAUGCUCAAGCCAAGGAUAAAUCAAUCACAUUGGUCGAAGGGAAGCUUAAAGAAGAGUCUGUUAGAGAAAUAGCAUCCGGUUCAUAUCAUAUAGCUGUUUUGACAGCCAGAGGAAAUGUUUAUACCUGGGGAAAGGGGACUAAUGGACAGUUGGGAUUAGGUGAUAUCAACGAUCAUAGCACACCAACUUUUGUGGAGGCUUUGAGAGACAGGCAGGUAGAAAGUGUUGUUUGUGGAUCAAAUUCAACAGCUGCAAUCUGCUUUCACAAAUCUAUUUCUGUCAGCGACCAGUCAGCUUGUUAUCGAUGCAACCUGCCUUUUGGGUUUACUAGGAAGAAGCACAACUGCUACAAUUGCGGUCUUCUAUUCUGCCAUUCUUGUAGCAGUAAGAGGGCUAUGGAUUCUUUGCUGGCACCCAAGAAAGGCAAGGCUUUUCGAGUCUGUGAUUCAUGCUUUAGCAAUCUGCAGAAACUUACACAUUCGUGUAGAUCAUUCAAGCAAGAAAAUCAUAGUAGCAUGAAGCUAUUGACAGAAGAAAAGUCAGUCCCAGAUGGGAAAGAAGAAAAGGCUGGAGAAACACCUAAGUACGGUCAUCUAUUAUCUAUCAAACAGGCUUGUUACAAGAAACGCCAGUCUCGUGUGAGGACCACCACCAUGAAAAACCAAGAAGGAAACCAGCAGCAUCUAGAACCGGCUUCUUCAUCCUUGAGCGAAGAGCCACGAUGGGGCCAAGUCUCAUGCCCUGAUCUAUUUAAACCGUAUUAUAGAGAAAAUUAUACAGCACUUAACUCUCUGUCAAAAGAUCAUUUAUCUUCCGUCGUCCCAGUGCAUUCAGAAUCCACAAUGUCCGGUGCCACUAAUGCAGAGAAAUGCAUAUCCAUGUCAGAUGAGAUGCUUAUUGAAGAAAUUCAGCGGCUGACAGUUGAGGCACACAACCUUGAAAGGAAAUGCAAAAUUGGAAGCCAGAAGAUUCAUGAAUGUGAGCAGAAGACUGAGGAAACAUGGUCUCUGGCAAGGGAUGAAGCGGCUACAUGUAAGGCAACAAAGGAGGUUAUUAAAGCUUUGGCAUUAAGGCUUAAAACUAAAACUAUUUCAGAAAAGGCGUCUGCUGGAAAGCAACCAAACAAUGGAAUAGAUACAAAACUUCCUCAACUCACGCCACUAAAUACAAAUACACCACUUCCUGAAGUAGAUAGUGUAUCGGAUUCGCCUGCUGUGUUGUCUGAUAUGCCGAAGUCAGAACCCCAUGGUAGGGAAACUAAAUCGGCAAAGCUUGAAUGGGUAGAACAAUUUGAACCUGGAGUGCAUCUCACGCUUGUUGUGUUGCCAAAUGGACAAAGGGGGUUAAAGCGAGUGAAUUUUAGCAGCCAGAAAAAGUUCGCUGACAAAGAUGUAGAAAGAUGGUGGGAGGUAAAUCAAGGCUUGAUAUACCAGAAUUAUGGCAUUGAAGGAUAUGAGAACUCUACAGAAGAUUAACUUUUAAGGGCUGAUCUUUAAUUACUUGCCCUUUGUAUUUGGACGUGUGUACAUCUACGGUCAAUUGGCAGGCAGAUUUUUACGUAGAUUAACGUUGUAGGGAAGAAAUUUAUUGUGUUUAUGCAUUGGCUGCCGUCCAUAUGAAGUAUCCUGCAUGUGUAAUCCCCAUGUACAGGUAGUGAAACCCUAGUCUUCAUUG